AUGGACUCGGAGUACGAUUUCAUAGUCGUUGGUGGCGGCGCUUCUGGUUGUGUCGUGGCCGCCAGGCUAGCCCAGUCGGCAGUCAAGCCAUCGGUGCUCCUGCUAGAAGCCGGCGGGCUCAAUGAAGACGCUGCUCACUUGACGGGUGCACAGCGGUACGAAGUCGCUUUUCGCGAAGGUUCACCCCUCAACUGGGGGUACAAGACGGAGCCCCAGUGGGCAGGCCAGCAGAUUGACUACUCGAGGGGAAAGGGGCUGGGUGGCUCGACGGCCAUCAACUUUUGCGGCUGGGUCAUUGGCCCCGACGACGACUACGAUGAAUGGGCUAGGAUCGUGGCAGAUGAUGCAUUUGGCUGGCGACAUGUUCGGCGGGUUCUCAAAAGGGUGGAGAAUUUCCAUAAUGAUGUGCCCGAAGACUUUCGCGACUACAUCAACCCUAAAGACGAAGAACAUGGCAUCGGAGGUGCAGUCGAUGUUUCCUACCAGGAAGAAUGGCUGCCCGGCACCCGAGAUGUCUUCAAGGCAGCCGAACAAGUCGGAUUCGGCGUGAACCCAGAUGUCAAUAAUGGCAAUCCCAUGGGGAUGGGUAUGGGAAUGGUAUGCAUUCAUAAGGGUGUUCGAGUCACCUCGUCGAGCGCAUACCUGUCCAGUCCACCAAGCAACUUGACCAUCAUUGCAGAUGCACACGUCGCCAAGAUUAUACUAAACGGCAAGACUGCCCAAGGUGUACAGAUCAUUGACGGCCGGCGCUUUACGGCAAAGAAAGAAGUCAUCAUUUCUGGUGGUGCUAUAAAUAGUCCCCAGAUUCUACUGUGCUCAGGAAUAGGGCCGUCGAGCGAGUUGGAAAAGCUUGGAAUCGACGUCUUGCAUGAUCUUCCCGCAGUGGGCAAGAAUCUUCGAGAUCAUUGCUUUUCACUCGCCGGUCUUGUCAUCAAGAAGACCCAUGAUGCACCGUUCAAGCAAAUUCCCAGCCCAAUGGGUUGGUUCCAGGUUCCUGCUGUACUUGCAUCGGCAGAGUUCCAGGACCUUCCGCUCGAGACACAAAAUUAUCUGAAAAAGUCUCAUGUGCCGAGCUGGGAACUGGCCGCCCAGACGCCAUUCCUAGACGGAACACAAGUGAAAGAUGACGAGGAGGUCUUUACAUCUUGUUGUUUAUUGAUGAACCCACAAUCCAGAGGCACCGUGACGCUCAAGUCCGCCGACCCAAAAGAAGCGCCCAUCAUUGACCCCAAGUUCCUGACACAUCCUUUUGAUCGGAGAGCAGCCAUUGAAAGCUUUAGAGAUAUGCUCAAGUAUCUGCAAGCCCCAGUCUGGAAGGAAAAGACUGUCCGCAACUUGGCCUGGCCUCAUGACGACUCGGAUGAGGCAAUUUGGGAAACAUUCUCAUCCAAUCUUCGCAGCACUUGGCACAUGGCUGGUACCAUUGCCAUGGGCAGAAAUGCCGAUGAUGCCUGUGUAGACAAUUCUUUCAAAGUCUUUGGGAUCGACGGCCUACGCGUCGUAGAUAUGAGUGUAUGCCCAAUGGUUCCCAACAACCAUACUCAAACCACUGCCUAUGUCAUUGGCGAGCUUGCAGCAGAAAAGAUUGCAUUUGAACAUUGUCUCUAA